GUCUGUGUGUCGGUGUGUGUGUGUGUGGUCUAAUGGAACACACACACAUAUUGAUGAUCUGUGGCAGGGAGAAGCUCUUAGUGAUCAGAAGACACAAAGCUCUCAGACGCCGCAUCAGUUCUUCCACAGAGACAGAAAAACCUUCCCUUUCAAAUAUACUCAAAUAAAUAAAAUAGAAUAUAUGACGAGUUAAUAUUGUUUUGAUAUAUGAUAUCAUAUUAUUCUGGUUUUAUCCCUUCAGAAGUCAGUGAAAUAUAAAACGUUUUUUCUCAGUCAGACAUUCAGAAUAAGGCUGAUUAGCUUAGCUUAGCACGAACACUGGGAACAGAGGAAAAGUGCUAGCAUGCAUCUGCCUAAAGGAACACAAUCCACACAAAAGUCAUCUUACUGAUUUUAAAGUGUGAAGACGAAGAUUUCGUCUCAGCAAAAAGAAGCUAAGUCAACAGGAAUCAGGAAACGUUUAUUGCCAUCAUAUGUUGGACGUACAUGGAAAUUGUCUUGGCGGUUGGUGCAUGACAAUGACAAGACAAUAAUGACGACAUAGUGCAGCCAUAAGAUGAAAAUAAAAUAAAAGUAUAAUAAAAUAUACGCUAUGGGUUAGUACGCUAAAGCUAUGCGUUAGUAAGUUAGAGGAGAUACGAUAAAAUUAGAAAUAAAAAUAAAGAUAAAGUUCACCAGCUAAACAAAGUGACAAGUGAAAGUGACAAAGUGAAUGAACAUGGGAGUGAGAGUCAGUCAGGGGGGGGGGCGGCUCUGUUGAUGAGCCCGACUGCCGAAGGGAAGAAACUGUUGGUGUGGAUGGAGGUCUUAGUCCUGAUGGACCUCAACCUCCUGCCGGAUGGAAGGGGCACGAACAGUUCAGGACAGGAAGCUAUAUUUAGUGCUGACGUGCAAACAGACAGGAACAUGCUAACAGAACUUACUAACAGACAGGAACAUGCUAACAGAACAUACUAACAGACAGGAACAUGCUAACAGAACAUACUAACAGACAGGAACAUGCUAACAGAACUUACUAACAGACAGGAACAUGCUAACAUAACUUACUAACAGACAGGAACAUGCUAACAGAACUUACUAACAGACAGGAACAUGCUAACAGAACAUACUAAUAGACAGGAACAUGCUAACAGAACCUACUAAUAGACAGGAACAUGCUAACAGAACAUACUAACAGACAAGAACAUGCUAACAGAACCUACUAAUAGACAGGAACAUGCUAACAGAACAUACUAAGAGACAGGAACAUGCUAAAAGAACAUACUAAGAGACAGGAACAUGCUAAAAGAACAUACUAAUAAACAGGAACAUGCUAACAGAACAUACUAACAUACAGGAACACGCUAACAGAACAUAAUAAAAGACAGGAACAUGCUAACAGAACACACUAACAGACAAGAACAUGCUAACAGAACCUACUAAUAGACAGGAACAUGCUAACAGAACAUACUAAGAGACAGGAACAUGCUAACAGAACAUACUAAGAGACAGGAACAUGCUAAAGGAACAUACUAAUAAACAGGAACAUGCUAACAGAACAUACUAACAUACGGGAACAUGCUAACAGAACAUAAUAAAAGACAGGAACAUGCUAACAGAACCUACUAAUAGACAGGAACAUGCUAACAGAACAUACUAAGAGACAGGAACAUGCCAACAGAACAUACUAAGAGACAGGAACAUGCUAAAAGAACAUACUAAGAGACAGGAACAUGCUAAAAGAACAUACUAAUAAACAGGAACAUGCUAACAGAACAUACUAACAUACAGGAACAUGCUAACAGAACAUAAUAAAAGACAGGAACAUGCUAACAGAACACACUAACAGACAAGAACAUGCUAACAGAACCUACUAAUAGACAGGAACAUGCUAACAGAACAUACUAAGAGACAGGAACAUGCUAACAGAACAUACUAAGAGACAGGAACAUGCUAAAGGAACAUACUAAUAAACAGGAACAUGCUAACAGAACAUACUAACAUACGGGAACAUGCUAACAGAACAUAAUAAAAGACAGGAACAUGCUAACAGAACCUACUAAUAGACAGGAACAUGCUAACAGAACAUACUAAGAGACAGGAACAUGCCAACAGAACAUACUAAGAGACAGGAACAUGCUAACAGAACAUACUAACAGACAGGAAAAUGCUAACAGAACAUACUAACAGACAGGAACAUGCUGACAGAACAUACUAACUGACAGGAACAUGCUAACAUAAUAUACUACUAGACAGAAACAUGGUAACAGAACUUACUAAUAGACAGGAACAUGCUAACAAGAACAUGCUUACAGACAGGAACAAGCUAAUAGAAUAUACUAAUAGACAGGAACAUGCUAACAGAACACACUAACAGACAAGAACAUGCUAACAGAACCUACUAAUAGACAGGAACAUGCUAACAGAACAUACUAAUAAACAGGAACAUGCUAACAGAACAUACUAACAUACAGGAACAUGCUAACAGAACAUAAUAAAAGACAGGAACAUGCUAACAGAACCUACUAAUAGACAGGAACAUGCUAACAGAACAUACUAAGAGACAGGAACAUGCUAACAGAACAUACUAAGAGACAGGAACAUGCUAAAAGAACAUACUAAUAAACAGGAACAUGCUAACAGAACAUACUAACAUACAGGAACAUGCUAACAGAACCUACUAAUAGACAGGAACAUGCUAACAGAACAUACUAAGAGACCGGAACAUGUUAACAGAACAUACUAACAGACAGGAAAAUGCUAACAGAACAUACUAACAGACAGGAACAUGCUAACAGAACAUACUAACUGACAGGAACAUGCUAACAUAAUAUACUACUAGACAGAAACAUGGUAACAGAACUUACUAACAGACAGGAACAUGCUAACAGAACAUACUAACUGACAGGAACAUGCUAACAUAAUAUACUACUAGACAGGAACAUGCUAACAGAAGCUGAGGUCAGACCCAGCAGGUGAGAUGUUUCUGUUGUGACUCUGGAGGGAGGGGCGUUGCCAUAGAGACGACUGUUGAGGCCCAGCAGGGCGUUGGUCCGACUGGAGGUGCUGAUAAUCUGCUGAGGGCUACCCACACAACAUUUAAAUAAUACUAUCCUCCCCUUCUUCGUCUUCCACCUCCUCCUCCUCUGUUUUCUUAUUGUUAAAAAUGUAUAUAUUUCUCUGCUUGGUUCUGAAGUAGCUGGUAAAAACCAACAGGCGGAACGUUUCCAUCCAGUCAUGCAGAAGGUGGAGGGACGGCUCAACAUGCAUCCAUCAUCUAGAGGGACAAGCACCCCAGGUUCUCCUGCUACUGGCAUCAUGGCGAGGGUCCAUGACCAGGUGGUGGGUUACAGGGACCUCGCUGCUCUUCCCAGAGAUAAAUCCAUCCUGCAGGUGGAGAGACCCGACCUGAUGACCUACCAACCCCACCUCACCUUCUCCCCCCUCGACCCCCCACGCAGACAAAGGUCUCUGUCUCCUCCCCCCUCGUCCCCCACCAUGUCCCCUGAGGUGAAGGAACAACGAGCAGAGAGCGACAGCGGUUCACCUGGUGGAUCGAUGCUGCAACUGCACGUCGGACGCAAGGUCAGCGGCAGCCAUCAACACUUCCACAGGCCAGAUAACGGAGCAAAUAUUUACAGAAAGCCUCCAAUCUACAAACAUGAAGUCAACAAACACUUUGAAGGCGUCGUUCAGUCAGCAAAGUUCCCGGCCGCUCAGCCUCCGGACCCCAACGUCCCGUCGAAGAUCGAGACGGAGUUCUGGCCCUGCCCCCCCUCUCUGGCUGCCAUGGAGAUGGAGUGGAGGAAGAGGAAGGACCUGCAGGAGGAGGACAAGUUUGAGGACCUGACGGGAGAAGCUGAGACUUUGCAGGAGCAUGCUCUUGAGAAGAUCAAGUCCAACCUGGGCCGUCUGAUCCUGAAGGAGGAGAAAGACAAGAACGUUGAUUUCCGAAGGAAGACGCAGUCGCUGCCGGACAGGACGCACAUGCACACCAGUGUGUCAGCGAGUGCGUCAAAGUCUCCUUCACACUCUGGACCGGGUCUGACCAGAAUGCAGUCGGCAGAGUUUUCCUCGGACAGAGAGAAAGAACAAGAAGGUAGGAAAGAUGCAGGUGCUCGUAGAGAGAGGAUGGACAGAGGCAACUCUCUCCCCAGUAUCCUUGAGCAGAAGAUUCAUCCCUACGAAGCACUGGUUGUGACCCACAGAGGGCGCUGUAGGCUGCCACCAGGAGUCGACCGCACUCGCCUGGAGAGACAUCUGUCCCCGGAGUGUUUCCAGCAGCUCUUCGGGAUGCCGAUGGACGAGUUCGACCGGCUGUCUCUGUGGAGACGGAACGAGCUGAAGAAGAAAGCCUUGCUUUUCUAACAGGAAGUGACCUCAUCUAACCGCCAUCUAAGCAAUCACGAGAUUGACUCUUUACGCGCACACACACACACACACACACACACACACUACUUGUGCUGCACUUAUAACCACUACUGCUAGCAAACCUUCAUCAUCGUCAUCAUCAGUUCUCUAGAGGUUUGCAGCUGGCUACUAACUACAUUACAUCACCAUGGUUACCAGGUCUCAGACCAAUCAGAUCACUGAGAAGUACGUUCUACACGAACGUGGCAUUUAUGUAGAAGAACUCCUCUUCCUCCUCCUCUUCCUCCUCCUCAAAGUUAAAUAAAUC